GGGCGCGUGGGGAGGGGGAGGCGCGGGGCGGGGCCGGGCGGCUGGACCCACUGCUCCUCCCCCCAGAGCCCCCGCGCCGCCCCGGUCGCCUGGGCAGCGGCGGCGGAGGCUCUUACACCCCUGGCCCCGGCGGGCCCCGGCGUUGCAGCGGGCGCAGGUCCCAGGAAGGUGGCGUCAGCAUCUGCGGCCGCGUUGACGUUGUUGGAGCCUUCGCGGAGGACCCAGGAGAGCUGGACUAGGACCAGGGCCCUGGGCCUCCCUAUGGAGAAGUCAGCUGCCUCAACAGAGCCCCAAGGGCCUCGGCCAGUCCUGGGCCGCGACAGCGUCCAGGUGCCCGACGACCAGGACUUCCGCAGUUUCAGAUCAGAGUGUGAGGCCCAGGCAGGCUGGAAUCUGACCUACAGCAAGGCCGGUGUGUCUGUGUGGGUGCAGGCUGUGGAGAUGGAUCGGACCCUGCACAAGAUUAAGUGCCGGAUGGAGUGCAGCGAUGUGUCAGCUGAGACACUCUAUGAUGUCCUACACGACAUUGAAUACCGAAAGAAGUGGGACAGCAAUGUCAUUGAGACUUUCGACAUCGCCCGCUUGACAGUCAACGCUGAUGUGGGCUAUUACUCCUGGAGGUGUCCAAAGCCUCUGAAGAACCGUGAUGUCAUCACCCUCCGCUCCUGGCUCCCCAUGGGCACUGAUUACAUCAUUAUGAACUACUCAGUCAAACAUCCUAAAUACCCACCUCGGAAAGACUUGGUCCGAGCUGUGUCCAUCCAGACGGGCUACCUCAUCCAGAGCACGGGGCCCAAGAGCUGCAUCAUCACCUACCUGGCCCAGGUGGACCCUAAAGGCUCUUUACCCAAGUGGGUGGUGAAUAAAUCUUCUCAGUUCCUGGCUCCCAAGGCCAUGAAGAAGAUGUACAGAGCAUGUGUCAAGUACCCUGAGUGGAAGCAGAAGCAUCAGCCGCACUUCAAGCCGUGGCUGCACCCGGAGCAGAGCCCGCUGCCGAGCCUGGCGCUGUCGGAGCUGUCCGUGCAGCACGCGGACUCGCUGGAGAACAUCGACGAGAGCUCGGUGACCGAGAGCCGGGAGGAGCGCGCGGGCGGCGCGGGCGGGGAGGGCAGCGACGACGACACCUCGCUCACCUGAGCACGGCAUCGCGCAGGGACCAGGACAAGACGGGGCGAGCCCGGGGACGGGGGUUCUCCGAGCUUCCUCCCCUCGCCCCCACGCCCCGCCCCUCCUGCGGACGCUGGGCUUGGGCCCAGGCUGGCGCUGCGGCCUGGCUGGACACGGCCCUAAUAAACGAUCCCACAGCCUCA